UUACUUUGCCAUCGCUCUCUAUCGUUCCCAUCUUUCACUCGUUUCCUCACAACACACACACCCCAUCUGACGAAAUGGAUUCCGCCGGAGCUUCUUCCUCGCCGUUUGAAUCGUUCAAAUCAAAGAAAGUCCUUCGCUCCUCCGUCAGCAAACAGCAUUCUGCCGAUGAAGCUUGUGGAACACCAGAUCAGAGUCCGUGGAGCUCCAAAACUCCUGAAAAGCCCACACAUCCGCCUCGAAGAUCUCUCACCCGCGGCCAACCAUUGCGCUCACUGCGUCAAGUCAAGGAAGCGGCCAAGCAGCUCCGAAAAUCAGAUCUGAAGUCUUCUGUUCCCUUUGACCCGUUAGAAUCCUCCGAUAUCCCAAGUGAAACCCCAAUCACGAAACCCAAAACCCCCAAAGCCCUUCCAGAAAGGUUCGAAAUAUUGGAUAAAUUCUUUAAUAGCUUGCAAUCGUCAAUAAGAAUUCUUCACUUGAAAGGAUCUGCGUCGACGUUUACAAACAUUAGCCGUGCGGUUGAGAGUUUAACAGACAGGAGGUUCACCCAUCGUCAUCUUGCUCAGCUCAAGUUUAUUCUGCCUGAGGGGAUCGAGAUAAAGAAGAUUCUUCUUCGCGAUGACCAAACUAGUUGCAUGAAGCCAGAUCUUGAUGUGACUUUGAACUUCAGCAUUGUGCAGGAUGAUGAAAAGCUCAAAUCAGAGAACAAGAAUAUACAGAUGAAGAAAUUGUUUCGAUCCCGGCUUGUGAGCUUCCAUAAAUCAAAUCCCGAGGGAGAUGAAGUUCCAGAGGAGAUGUUACCCGAGCCAUUCAAUCAAUCGAACUGUGUGACAUCUUCAAAUGCCAUGAAAAAACCCAAUUUGAGCUCAGUUAAGGUUAAGGAUACCGUUUCCCAACAGCAACAGAAGACAGUGGUAGCAUCUCAUAUGCCUCAAUCUUUCAAGAGAUGCUUCUCAAAGCAAGUUUCUGACCAUAGUUCCACCAAAAUAGCUUGUGUACCCAUUGCUCCAUCCCCCAUUAAAAUGUGUUCAAAGCUACCUGAAACUCCACUCAAGAGCUUUUCAAAGAAGGGAGAUGAUGGAACUCCAGCCAAGCUUAUUUCGACUCCAAUGAGUGCUACACCAGCACAAGCAGCUUAUCGGCCCGUAAGGAGUAUUAUGACCCCUGAUGAUGAUGGAUAUUCAGUCAUGUCUCCUACCAAAUCAACGCCUACCAAAUUAACAAGGCGCUCAGGUGGUAGAAGAUCAAUAACGUUUGACACUCCUGUGAAGAACAAAACGCCUCCUAUCAAAAGGGCAUCUGAUGAUGAUGAUGAUGAUGAUGAUAUUCUUUCAGGGGACCUCUUUGCAUCGAUUAAAGAGAAGGAACGAAAAGCAAAGGAGGAGAAUGAUCCAGCAAUCUCACAUGCUAAAUGGAGGAAACAAAUGAUUGCAGGGUUACCCAAGCUUUUUGACUCUCUUUUGUUCAUCUUUCAAAAACGCUCAGUCAUCACAAAACAGGAGCUCAUACACACAAUUAUCUCAUGCCGUUUGGAAAUUGUUGAUAGAAGAGAAGUUGAAGAACAACUCAUGUUGUUGCAAGAACUAGCUCCUGAAUGGAUUCAUCAGAAAAUGGCAUCAAGUGGUGAUCUUCUCUUCUGUGUUAACAAGAUAUCAAGCCCAGAGUCAAUUCGCACAAGAUUAUCAGAAGCUAUCUAAGUGGAUGCUUGUUAAUUAGAUUGUAAAUAUUUUCACCCUUUUAUUUUUAAUUAAAGAUUUUGCUAAAAGAUUUUUAGGUCAAUCAGUUAUCCUCUUAGUACCUUGUUUAACAUCAUAGAGAUAGUAUCUGGUUGUAUGCUGCUUGAUAUUAAUUAAUAUAUGGAAUAAAAAAGAAGCAUUAACUUUUGUCAAUAUAUGGUUUCAUUGUUCUAAGAUUCUUGAAG